AUGGAUGUGCACAACGCUUUCUUGCAUGGUGAUCUUCGUGAAGAAGUGUAUAUCAAGCUUCCACAAGGUUUUACACACUCAGCUCCGAAUAAAGUGAUUCGACUUCACAAAUUUCUUUACGGUUUACGACAAGCACCGCGAUGUUGGUAUGAGAAAAUAUCUACGGCUCUCGUGAAGGCUGGUUUUGUUCAGUCCUACUCUGAUUACUCUUUGUUUAGUUACACUCGUGGAAGUGUAGAGAUUCGGGUUUUGGUGUACGUUGACGAUCUCGUUGUUUGUGGAAACGAUGGUGAUGCUAUUCGCAACUUUAAGAUAUAUCUUGGAGAGUGUUUUCGUAUGAAGGAUUUGGGAAAACUCAAAUAUUUUCUCGGUAUUGAGAUUGCUCGUAAUGAAGAAGGUUUUAUGUUGACACAAAGAAAGUAUGCCUUGGAUAUUGUUAGUGAAACAGGGUUGUUGGGUUCACGGCCUGCUGCUACACCAAUAGAACAAAACCAUCACUUAGCUUCGGAUUCAAGUCCUUACAUUCCGGAGCCUGCCUCGUAUCGACGACUCGUUGGUCGUCUCAUUUAUCUGGCCAACACUCGACCUGAUCUUUCUUAUUCUGUUCAUAUCUUGUCUCAAUUCAUGCAGAAACCACGGGAGAGGCAUAUGGAUGCUGCAUUACGUGUUUUCUCUUACCUUAAGGGAACAGCUGGCCAGGGAAUUCUACUUAGUUCUCGUCCCGACUUGGAACUCUUAGUUUAUUGUGAUGCCGAUUGGGGAACGUGUCCGUUGUCUCGUCGCUCUUUAACCGCUUACGUUACCUUGUUUGGUGGGUCACCUACUUCUUGGAAGACCAAGAAACAGAAGGUGGUGUCACAGUCGUCUUGUGAAGCUGAGUAUCGCGCAAUGUCUAUUGCCACACGUGAGAUAAUGUGGUUACGACAACUUUUUACAGAUUUGGGUUUCCCACCAACCGGUAUGUCUUGUCUCUUCUGUGAUAGUAAGUCUGCUCUCUAUAUUGCUGCAAAUCCGGUGUUUCAUGAACGCACGAAAUAUAUCGAAAUUGAUUGUCAUCGGGUACGUGAUGCCAUCAAAAGUGAAGUUCUUACAACUGCUCAUAUCGGUACCAAAGAACAAUUGGCUGAUCUUUUGACUAAGGUUUUGGGGAAGGUUCAGUUCAGUGUUUUAUUGUCCAAGUUAGACGUUUGUGAUCUGCACGCUCCAUCUUGA